UCCACUGAUAGCUCCUGCAUCACUUGCAGAAAACGUAAAAUCCGCUGUGAUCGGAAGGCGCCAUGUGGAAACUGCCUCAAGUCGAAAGGCUCCAGUUGCUCUUACCGUGACCCUCCCCUCUCUCCUCCAAAGGCCACCACUCCCAGAUGUGCAACCUCGCUGCCAAAUGACUGUGUCGACGAUGAGAACGACGAACUCGAUGUGGCCAGCUGUUUCUCCAUCACUACUCCUCCAAUGCCACCGUCUCUUCACACAAGACCCGCUACUUCGGCCAAAGCCACUGGGUCAACAGCAUUACCCUGGUUCGAGACUUAUUUGCGAUCCUUGAGCCACACUUCCGCAACAAUUCUUCUCCCCAUCGUCGGGUGCAUGCUGGAAUGCAAAGGUCUGGCAAAGACAUUGAAGUCUCGAGUGCUCUCUUGUUGGCCGUAUGAACCACUCUUCGACGUUCCGCCAGACCACGACGAUCUGUUACGGAACUACAUCUCAACAUCAGAAAGCAUCUUUCGUGUGAUGCAUAUUCCCUCUUUCACUCGAGACUUCCAUGCUCUCUGCACAUCGCCAACUCCGCCGACUAAUGCAGCCUUCAUUGUUCAAGCCAAGCUUGUCUGUGCCAUAGGUGCGACUCAUACUGACACGGUAUUGCGACAAGAAGCCACACAAUGGGUGCAAGAUGCACAAACAUGGCUCUCCAAGCCGGACUUCAAGCAUCAACUUUCCCUUCAACAUCUUCAAUCCCAUAUUCUGUUGCUUCUCGCCCGCAAAGCUGUCGGUGUAGCGGAAGACAUGAUUUGGAUCUCGGUUGGCUCGCUCCUCCGCACAGCCAUGUACAUGGGCCUGCACCGCGAUGGUGUCAUUGGAACAUCCCCUAAUACAAACCUGUUCACAUCAGAAAUGCGCCGCAGGAUCUGGAACACUAUCCUCGAGCUAUCUGUUCAGUCCAGCCUGAACUCUGGAGGUCUGUCACACGGCAAAAGCCACCCACCUGUAACCACAACCAACAACACUGUCGAUACCACCGCAAGGAGGGGUAACUGCAAGUUGUGA